AAACCCUUUGCUGCGAAAACUGUACUUUGCGAAGAAAAGACUCUCUCGUUCUUUCCUUAAUGCGACCUCAUUGAUCUCUGCCGUGAACCCGCCGUAGACGAUCCCCGCCCCGAUCUCACCAUGUCGUGUUCCUCCCCGAUCCGCCAGAACUCCCACGAUGGCAACGACAGAGCCAACAAGAAUCAGAGCUAUAACCCCCUAAGCAGCCGCCGGAUGGAUGAUAUUAGCAGUAGCAACAACAAUAAUACUAAUGUUGUAAUUAGGAGGGAGAGGCCGGCAAGGGAAUGCACGAAACGCGCCGCCGCCAGGCUGCAGGCUGCCGCAGCCGCCGAAGCAGAGGCGGACGUUGCUGCUAAGGAGCGGAGGAGGAAGGGUGUGGUUAGGAGAGAUAAAUUGGCUCCUUUGAAGGAGGAGGCGGAAGAAGAUGAAGAGAGUGAUGGAGGCGAGGAAGAGGAAGAAGAAGAAGAAGGGGAGGAUGGGUUGGCCAAUUGCUCUAAGCAGCAGAGUAGUCGGGUGGUUACUCCUUUGGUGGGAGAACCAGAGGCUUCCCAGCUGCCACGUUGGAAGCUCCGGUCCAUGUGGGAGUUAGCUUCUGUACUGAAUUUCUUCAAUGUUUUCAGGCAUUUUUUGAACAUCAAAGUGGAGUUCUCUGUGGAGGAAUUUGAAACAGCAUUGAUAAGACCAAAUAGUACACUCGCUUCCAUACAUAUCCCACUAUUGAAGGCAAUCCCGCCCAUUACUCGAGUUGCACUUGGGCACGAUACUUGGGUAACUGUUAUGUGCAGAAAAUUAAGAGAUUGGUGGCAUUGGGUUGCCGAGGGCGAAUUACCAAUAGUUGCUUCACAUGGGACUGAAGUUGAUGUGUAUAGUGCACUUGAUCCUGCCGUUCGUGUGGUCAUUUUGAAAGCAUUAUGUGAUAUUCGUGUUGAGCAAGAGGAUAUCCGUAACUACAUUGAUGAGUCGCUAAAACAAGGUGCUCCACUUUCAGCCUUUCGCAAAGAAAGGAUUGGAGGUGAUUCACAUGGAAUCUCUUAUUGGUAUGAAGAUGAUCCUAUCAUUGGUCAUCGACUAUACCGUGAGAUCAGAAAAGUCGAGGUGAAAAAGGGAAAGGGUCAGAAUGUACAGCCUAUUCCACACUCUUGUUAUCAGUGGGAAACUGUAGCCACUAAUUUUGAUGAAUUCCAGGAUGUGUCUGAGAAGCUAUUUGCAAGUAGUAAUAGAACAGACGUUUCUGUUGGGAAAAAGUUGAAAAAUAACAUGCUACCUGAGAUUGAGAAGGUCUAUAAGAGAAAAGAGAGAUUGUUAAAGAAACAGCACAGAGAAGCUUUGUUGCUUGACAAUAUGAUGAAUACAAAUGGACUUACUGCCGGACGCUCCCUUCGUGAUAGAAAACCCGUGACAUAUAGCUUUGACGAUUAUGAUCGAUCCAUUAAUGAGGCUAUUGAAGUUACCACGAAGAAGCCAUCCCCAGAACACACUGCAAGAAGAGAUGCAAAUGGUUUAUCGAGACGCCCUCCUCAAAACCCACACGCGUCCAUCAAGAUACGGUCUCCUAUGUCGCCUGAAUAUAAGGACGAGAAUGAGGAUCACAAUGAAACAGAUGAACCAUUAGAUCGUGGCAACCGAAGAAGGCAAAGGCCCCAAAGAUAUUCGGCAAAAGAGUUUGUUGAAGCUGCAUCAGAUAACGAAACAGAAUUCAAUAGUGAUGACGAUGUUGUUGGCGAAGUUGUUUAUGAUGAUGAGUAUGCUACGAGACGAAAGCAGCGGAGGGUGGAGUCAGUUAGCUCAGAGGGAGAUGAAGAGUACACAUGGGAUGAAGAGAAUCCCGAAGAAGAGGACGAUGAUGAUGAUGAGGAGGAGGAGGAGGAUGGAGAUGAUGAUUCCUCAAGUAGUAGCAGGGACAGUGAGAGGCGGCCCCAAAGAUCUAAAAGGGGUUGGGUGGGCCGCACGCGAAGGGGAAAUAAGUUGAGGGUUGCAGAUGAUCGUCGGGCUACGUUGAGACGCAGUAAAAGGGCAACAAGAAACUCUAUCAACUAUCGCCAGUAUGAGCUGUCAGAUUCGGAUACGGAGCCCGCAAUGGAACCCGAGAAAUCAAAUAGCUCAGAUGAGCACGAGCACGAACAUGCCGAGUUUUCAUCAGAAAGCGCCGAGUAUGAAGAUGACAACGAGAUUCAGGACGGGGAAGCCAGCCCGGAGCAAGCAAAUGCCCCAGAAGUAUCAAACAGCUAUCAAGAGGAGGAUGCUGAAGAUGAAGAUGAUGGAAGAAAGCAGAGCUUUCUUGAUCUCAACGAGCUUGCCCCGGGUUCUGGUUUUGAUGAUGGCCUCACUCCAGAGAUGAAAGGCAACAACAGUCCUUCAGGCUGACAUGAUGAUACUAAACUUAUGCAGCAGCUCCCAAGAGCCCUCCACUCCGCCCGCCACAGCAGGUGACAAAAUGUGGCAAAGUUUAUUACUCGCCUUGUUGGUAUAAUUUCAUUUUUAUGCUUCAGAGAAAAUGUAGAUCAGUGCUUUCCAUACGUCUGACAUUCAAUAUGUAAGGGGGGGAUGUGUUGGGAGUUAUAUUAUUAUAUCAAGCCAAGCUGGUGUAUAAUAGUAUUAUUAGCCAUGUUCAACUAACCAACUAAUAAUGUUGAAUCACAAAUAUUGUGCUUUCAUGGGUUGGAUAGAUUUAGGGUCUGCAUUUGCAAAGACUACUACUCACCUAUAUG